GAGGAGCCGGCCAGAUUUGACGGUUCGUGUCCACCGUGCGCCGGUGAGACGCGCUCCCCCGGGAUGUGAGCUCCGGACCGGGGUGUUUUAUCGCGGGACGUCCGCUGGAGUCGACGCACCGGGCGGCGGAGCGCCAUGGACGGGAUAACCUUAACCGCUCUGACCGGUCCCGACCGGAGGAUUUUACUGUUUAUACGCUUGACUUUUACUCACUAAACACAUUCUGUAUUUAUUUAAAACACGCGCCUAGCCGAAUUUUGUUACCUUAAAAUAUGAUUUAGACCUGAAAAGAGGAGUUUUGCGGGUUUUCGGACGUCCCGCUGACGGUUCUCUCACGUCCGUUAGUCGUGAGUCGACCCGGGUUUGAGCACCGGACUCGCUCGGUGCUGGUUUCUACUGGACCCGGUUUCUGCUGGACUCUACCGGAGAGGCUGGAUCCGUGAAUAAAGGUUUCACCAACAUGUACGCGGGACGGAAGAGAAGAAAACCGGCUCAGAAGGGAGUCAAGCCGACCCCUGUUGAAGGUGCCAAGUCAAACCCGUCCAAGCGCCACCGCGACCGCCUGAACUCGGAGCUGGACCGGCUCGCCAGUCUGCUGCCGUUCCCGGAAGACGUGAUCGCCAGCCUGGACAAGCUGUCCAUCCUGAGGCUCAGCGUCAGCUACCUGCGCACCAAGAGCUUUUUCUCAGUGGCGUUGAAAGACCGGAUGUCCAAUGGCAUCAACAAGAGCAGCGAUCACAGCGGCGGCGGCGGCCAGGCUGCAGGACCUCCAGACGGACGAGUACCCGAGGGCGAGCUGCUGCUACAGGCUCUGAACGGCUUCGUGCUGGUGGUGACGGCGGAGGGAACCAUCUUCUUCUGCUCUCACACCAUACAGGAUUACCUGGGCUUCCAUCAGACUGACGUGAUGCACCAGAGUGUGUUUGAGCUGAUCCACACCGAGGACCAGCAGGAGUUCAGGAGGAACCUGCACUGGGCCCUCAACCCCCCCGCCGGCCCCGGAGGAGGAGGAGGAGCCCCCGCCGGACCGCCAGAUGGCGACUCGGUGCCGACCACGUCCGGCCUCGUGAGUUACAACCCCGACCAACUCCCGCCUGAAAACUCGUCCUUCCUGGAGAGGGGCUUCAUCUGCCGCUUCCGCUGUCUGCUGGACAACUCCUCCGGUUUCCUGGCUCUGAACAUCCAGGGCAGGUUGAAGUUCCUCCACGGCCAGAGCCGUCAGCAGGGUGACAGCGAAGGCAGCAGCCCCCCUCAGCUGGCUCUGUUCGCCGUCGCCACGCCCCUCCAGCCUCCCGCCAUCCUGGAAAUCAGGACCAGGAACAUGAUCUUCAGGACCAAGCACAAGCUGGACUUCACCCCGAUGGCCUGUGAUGCAAAGGGUAAAAUAGUUCUGGGAUACACUGAGGCGGAGCUGAGAGUUCGAGGUUCUGGAUACCAGUUCAUCCACGCCGCCGACAUGCUGUACUGCGCCGAGAACCACGUUCGAAUGAUCAAGACGGGCGAGAGCGGCCUCACCGUCUUCCGGCUGCUCACCAAGGACAACCGCUGGAAGUGGGUCCAGGCCAACGCCCGGCUGGUCUACAAGAACGGCCGGCCGGACUACAUCAUCUCCACCCAGAGGCCUUUGGCGGACGAGGAAGGAGGCGAGCACCUGAGGAAGCGGUCCAUGCACCUGCCCUUCACCUUCGCCACCGGAGAGGCUCUGCUCUACCAGACCGGCUUCCCGCUGCACGGCUUCCCCGACGCCCCGCCGGGUAAAGCCAAGGGCGGCAAGUCCAAGAAAAGCAAGGUGGACAAGAACUCUUCAGAUUACCUGGACCCCAAGUCCCUGCUGGGGGCGCUGAUGAGCCAGGACGAGUCUGUGUACAUCAGCCAGCCGGACGCGGAGGUCAAGAUGUCUUACCACGGCAGCCUUUUCACCGAGCCGCAGGACCAGCCCGACGGCCUGCCGGCCGCCGACAGCUGGCACGGUUUUCCCAACGGGGAGCUGAGCCAGUGCAACGGGAAGACACCCAGCUUCGACCCCCUGCUGGCCACCCUGGACUCUCUCUCCCUGGACGGGGAGGAGACCUGCUCCAACAGCGAGCUCUUCAGCGCCCUGGAGAACCUGGGCCUGAACGCCGAGGACCUGGAGCUGCUGCUGCUGGACGAGAGGAUGAUCCAGGUGGAGCUGGACCCCGGCCACACCCCCAACCUCGGCGACCUCCUCACCAACAACGAGAUCCUCUCCUACAUCCACGACUCCCUCCACACGGAGGGAGGAGGAGGAGGAGGAGGAGGAGGAGGAGGGCGGCGGAGCGAAAGCGGACCCUCGAGCCAGAGCGUGCCCCACCAGCCGUGUUCGAUACCCGCCGGCGGCGGGCAGCCCAUCGUCCGGUUGUCGCAGCAGAUGCAGCAGCACGUCGGCGCCGGCGAGCCGACGCACACUCGCUCUCAUCCUGGCCCAGAGUGGGUCCGGCGGGACCCGCGCCCGGUCCACCUGCCGCCCCCCCAGCAGGAAACCAGCCAGGACGCCUUGUUGAAUCACCUCGGACUGAUGACCAGCGGGUCUUACGCCCCGAACGGACACGCAGAUUACAGCGGCUCCGCCGUGCGGGACUACCAGCGUCCGGGGACCGCCGCGCCUUUUGACCAGCUGCAGCAGCAGACCCCGGCCCCGCCGCCGUGUUUGCCCCAGGGACCCGGCCACGGCGCCGCGCUGGAGCUGGAGCAGCUCCUGGCUCUGUCCCAGCCGUCCUUAGAGGCCUACAGCAUGUUCAGCGGCACGCCAGACUCCUCUCACAGCAAGCUGGAGAACGGCUGCCUCCUCAGUGCCGCCAACGCCGCGUACGUCAGGACGUGUCUGAUGCCCAACGGAAGCGCGGUGACGGCGGGCGACCUGCCCGCCCCGCGCCCCGCCCUGCAGGACCCCCACAAGUCCGGAUUCCUCCUCUGAGGAGACGCGGCGUCGGCGGAGAGCCGACGAGAAGAGGAGGUGCAGAUCAGAGAGGGUCGGAGGAAGAACUUGAGCUCACAUUCCCUUCCGGAGCGUUUGAUCGGACAGACGUCCCACUUGUGCCACUCAGACGACCGGAGCUCCACAAACCAGGAAGAAUGUUUUUUGUUGUUU